UGAGAGAUUAAAUGGUCUAUUCUAACUUCUUAUCAGGUUCCGCCGUCUCCCCCUCGCAACCCUAUUCUCUCUCUCAGCGCCGCACUCCCUCCAGCAGCCUCCCUUCCCUGAGCCGCCGCUCUUUCCUACCCCCUUCCCUAAGCUGCCGCACUACCGUCGCGGCGUCGCCCAAAUCCCAGCAGCCCUAACCUCUGUUUCUCGUUACAAUCCCAGCGGCCCGAACCUCUGUUUCUCGUUAUCUCAGCCGUACGCCCCACGCGGAACCCCAUUUGCGAACGUGAGUCCCUCACGCAAGCACAAACGGACACACAGUCUCUCUCUGGCUUGUGAUACAAACCUCGCCGCAGAACACUUUGUGCAUCUCUUUCAACCUUCUCUAAUGGCGUCCUCAUGCAACAGAUUCUUCGGCAGAGCAUCCCUACAGUCCCUCAAAUCCGUCAUCAGAUCAACACCCCGGACAGCUUCCAUCAACAGAUCUGCCCCUUCGUCCCCACUCCCGACCAGGUCUUCCGCGUCACCCCUUCGCCGGUUCUCCCUCGCCAGGUCUCCAUCGGAGCUAGGCUGUGUGCAGUCUAUGUUGCCUCUGCACAGUGUUGUAGCGGUGGCAAGGAUGACUUCGUGCCUGAGCUCUACCUCGAGGAGUUGCAGAGCUCUUUCACAGGAGCUCGGUCUAUCAGUUCCAAGGUGACUUUGUUAGCAGACUACUGCCAUGUCAAGGAGUUUUUCUUCAUUUGAUUCGAAAGAGCAAGCUUUUUGUAGAUCUCAACAAUCAUUUCUUUGUCUGUAAAACUACCUGAAUCAUAGAAAGAAGCAAUUAUUAUUGAUUCUUAAAUGGGUUUUUUUUUUGGUGGUAAAUAACCAUAUGAAGAAGUGGCAUUAUCUAUUUCUUAUAUUUAUGUGUUCAGUUGACAAAGGUCAACCUUUCCUUCCUUUGAAUUAAAUAAACCGCAUGCUUGAUGA